AUGGCGAGACAUUGUCCUGUAUUCCAACAUGAGGAUUGGGAAAAGCGAUAUCAGUAUUGGAUAUUGAUGCGGCGUGUGAUUGACAAUUUACAACCAACGAUUGGUUACUAUGGAGAACAAGGGCAAGCAAUCGAAUACAGUGAUGGCAUGCGACGAAUGGAUGAACAGCAAACAAUUGGAUCUAGCAGCAGCAUUAUGGAAUCACAAAUGAUACGAGCAGUAUAUAUCCCACCGAGAAGGCUUCAAAAUGCCAUUAUCGCUGAUGCCAUCAAUCGCCGUAUCUGGAUGCGUGUGUGUGACCAAACCUAUCAACAAAGUGUCGGGAUCCAGGAUUAUCUAUCAUUCAUUGAAGUCGCAUUGACUCAGCCAGAAUUCCAGUGUCUUCUUUGUAAUGAAAAACUCAUGAUGAACAUCAACAAGGAAUAUCGUGAUGGAUUGACAAUUCCUCUUGUGCGUGUCGAUUCAUACCAUUGCAUGCGAUGUGAUUACAACUUUUGCAAGGAAUGCAUCGACGUCAACACCGAUUAUGAUACCCGCCACUGCUGUUGCCCUCAUUGUAUGACCCUUGAUUCAUUGAAGACGAAUGAUACGCUGAUGCACGUGUUCAAAGCUGCACACAUUCACCCAUAA